CGAUCCUUUUCUUUGCCUUUUUUCUUCAUCGCCCUCUCUCCUUCUUCAUCUUCUUGUCUUUGCCGCCAAAAAACUCCCAUAUAUCUCCCGUCCCUCUGCCCUUCUUCCCCUCUUUCCUUUACUUCCUGGAAAACCAUAGUACACUUCCCCCCUCCUCUUUCUCCUCUUUCAAUGGCAUCCCUAAUCAAAGCAAGACUCUGGUUCAAAAGGACCAAGAAGCAGCAGCAUCAAAAUCAGCGCGCACAGCAGCAACAUCUUAAACAGCAUAUACCUUCUUCUGCAACAUCAUCACACUCCCCUUCAACAGGCUCACCUGCAGCUUCAACGGCCUCUCCCCCUUCCUCCACCUCUCCCAGCUCAGUUUUCCCAUCCUUCGUGCCUCCUCCUCCUCUUACUAUCCUCUCGCCCUCUUUUUCUUCUUCUUCUUCUUCUUCUUCUAACACUACUACUACUACUUCAGAACACAACCUCGCUCCUGCUUCUUUCGAACAUCAUCACAACACUUCGUCUUCAGUCGCCUACUCUUCAGCACCAGUCAUCCUACACUACCAAACAAGGCGGCCUGCAGCCAUCGUCUCUGCUCCUCUAUGCUUUCCCACCCCCUCCAACACCAUCCCUGAACACAUCUCAGCCACGAACACUAGCACCACUGCAAAGAACCCAGAACAACCACCAUCGCUCCAGCGUAAAAGACACCUCUCCAGUCGCUUGACCACCGCCUUUGCAUCCGUCAACGUCUCCCUCCCCUCUCUCCCUCUUGCACUCCCCAAACGAUCCAUGAGUAUCCGUCCACCAACCCUCUUCUUCCUACGCGAUCGUAAUCGCAACCCCUCUAUCCAGUCCUUACCCACCAAAAACAUAGUCAAUACCAACAAUGCCUCGCCCAUUCAAGAACAAGAAAAGAAUCUGUAUGGACCUCCUAAUGCACCAUUCAGACAACAACAACAACGACAACGACAAGGCAGCAACAGCAACAGCAGCAGCGGUCGUGCGAGUACGACGACGAACAGUGGAAAGAACGAGAUGAUGUCGGUAAAUAUGAGCUCCCUGCACCGUUGGUCUCAGCGUGUGCCGCCAUUACCGCCGAUGAGUCUCAAGAUCCCUGCGGUGGCGACGACUGCUGCGAGGGGUGUUGGAAUGAGGUCAUGGGGUGUACCCAUUCCUCAGCAACAGCAGCAGCAACAGCAGCAGCAGAUGCAACAGAAGAGACACACUUCUGCAUUAGCUCAGCUGCAUCUGCUUCAAAAUAAUAAUAAGAGUCGUUCGUCGAUCAAGGCCACGAAACCAACGACAGGACCGAUCAUGAGCAUGCAUGCCGGCAGCAACAGCAACAGCAGCAAGAUGUUUAGGAACCUGUCUGCGCGGUUCACGUCCUCGACGGAUCUCUUGCCCGUGGUCGAGACUGUGGCUCAAGAGUACGCAAGAACCAUCAAGGCGCUGUGGCAGAUGGUGGAGGAAGAAGAACUAUCCUACCAAAUCGAUGCUGCGGCCACGGCACAUCGCCAGAGAGAAGAGGCUUUGCGAAAACAGCAAUUGCAAGAUCAAGAACAAGACGAGCAGUUGAGGUUCGUCAAGAGGGAUAACAAGAUCCGCCACAACUACAAAACCUUUCCAGGUCAGGGCAACUUUGAUGAUGAGGAUGGAGUCGUGAGUCAGAUCUGCCAUGAGCCGUGCUGUUCUGUGGGUAGUCGAUCUUUUGGGUCGCAUGGUGUUGUUCCGUCAAUGUCUGCUUUAGAACAGCGGGAACAGAGUCAAAGCGACCCUUCUUGGUCGAGGGAUCAGCGCACACCCCUGGCGCAGUCUUUGCCAGCUUCAAGACUUGCGGCGUCCCCCGGAAGACAAGGUGACGAUGAGGAUGAUGGCGAAGAGAGCGGUGGUGACUCUGAGGAAGACCGUGAACAACGCCGUCGGGAACUCGAAGAACUGGAACGCGAGCUUGUGAUCCUGGGUUUACAGCGGUAUCAAGAACCACCGUCGCCACCCUUUUGCAACGAGUCUUUCUCACGACAGCAGCAGAGCCAGGAUGAGGAUGGAAAAUCACGGCGCGAGUCGUUCUACGAGCCUAAUAAGCAUAUCGUCGUCGCAGUUUCAUCGCCACCACCACCACAGCAACAGCAACAACAACGACGCCAACGUCAGCGUCAGAAUAGUCUUGCGUAUGAAGAACGAUGUCUAGAGCAGGACACACUCAUGAGGCAUCACUACAACAACUCUAACAAAUCAUCGAGCCCGCUCUCGCCAACGCUUCCAAAGCUCCCGAUCAGUGCUGCGAAUUCGACGACGAAACCAAAGACUGCAGUGCCGAUGCUAGAUUUCCGAACAGGGAUCCUGGACGGAGGAGAUUCCGACUCGGACUCGAGCGAUGAUGAUGAUGAUGAUGCGGCCGUGUUGGGGGUCGCGCGUCGUGUAUCGGUGCGUCCGCAUGCGGUUAGCAGCACGUCGCUGCAUGGGUUCGGGCUCGGACAGGGCCGACAGAGACCCUCAUGGGAGGUUGAGCAGGCCCGAGGGAGAGGAGUUUCAUGGGCGGCGCCUGCUAGAUCAACGGGAACAGGAACUGCAACGGUGGCAGUGAAGGCGAGUCCAAGGGUGGCGAGGAUGUCCUCUGCAAAUUCCACGAUCAUCAGAGCUCGUUGAAGGUCUUUGUUUCCUAUGCAUCAUUCCUUUUUUUAUUUUAUUCGUGUGGUGCUUGUUUUUAAGCAUGUACAAAGACAAAAUGCCCGCAAACUUGUAGAUUUAUUCCAUCCAUCUCUCUCCCCCCCCCCCACUUGUAAAUGAUCAACGAACACACACAUACACAUACACGCAUAUACCAUGAACCCGAUCGAUCUAACCAAACCGUACAGAGUAAAUAAAUAAACCCCUUAUG